CGCAGAGACGCGACAGGGACAGAGGAAAGUUUUAAAAAGGCUGAAAGGUCCAGCUUCAAUUCUCAAGUUGCUCAUUGGGGAUUUACUCUUCACCGUGCCACUUACUGAGUGAGAUUGGCAUGCCCUGGUCCAGACCCCAGGUGGACCUUCAUGCUGGUGGAGCAGAGGCCAUGGACCAGUACAACAUAGACGACCACCACUACGAGGGCUCCCUCUUCCCCACCUCCACCCUCAUCCCCAUCACCGUCAUCUGCAUCCUCAUCUUCGUCGUCGGGGUGACCGGGAACACCAUGACCAUCCUCAUCAUCCAGCACUUCAAGGACAUGAAGACCACCACCAACCUCUACCUGUCCAGCAUGGCGGUGUCCGACCUCAUCAUCUUCCUCUGCCUGCCCUUCGACCUGUACCGCCUGUGGAAGUACGUGCCGUGGCUCUUCGGGGAAGCGGUGUGCCGCUUCUACCACUACAUCUUCGAGGGCUGCACCUCGGCCACCAUCCUGCACAUCACGGCUCUGAGCAUCGAGCGCUACCUGGCCAUCAGCUUCCCCCUCAGGAGCAAGGUGGUGGUGACCCGCCGCAGGGUCCAGUACAUCAUCCUCGCCCUGUGGGGCUUCGCCCUGGCCUCCGCCGCGCCCACGCUCUUCCUGGUUGGGGUGGAGUACGACAACGACACGCACCCAGACUACAACACGGGGCAGUGCAAGCACACCAGCUACGCCAUCAGCUCUGGGCAGCUGCACAUCAUGCUCUGGGUGUCCACCACCUACUUCUUCUGCCCGAUGCUCUGCCUCAUCUUUCUCUACGGAUCCAUCGGGUGCAAGCUGUGGAAAAGCAAAAAUGACCUGCAAGGCCCCUGUGCACUGGCAAGAGAGAGGUCACACAGGCAAACAGUAAAGAUCUUGGUGGUGGUGGUGCUGGCCUUCAUCAUCUGCUGGCUGCCCUACCACAUCGGCAGGAACCUCUUCGCCCAGGUGGACGACUACGAGACGGCCAUGCUGAGCCAGAACUUCAACAUGGCCUCCAUGGUGCUGUGCUACCUCAGCGCCUCCAUCAACCCCGUCGUCUACAACCUCAUGUCUCGGAAGUACCGGGCGGCGGCCAAGCGCCUCUUCCUGCUCCACCAGCGGCCCCGGCAGGCCCACCGCGGCCAGAGUGUGAUCGACCAAAUCUCCACUCUGAACGAAAGCCUGACCGGGGUCUGAGAGGCACUCGGUGGCUUGUUGGACUUUCCCGAGUGGUGUCUCUGCAGCUCAGAGGGUUCGAGCUAAAGAGGACACCUGCUGAUGGCGUGUAGGGGGGAGAGAUAUGUGUUUAAAUUUAACAGGGCUAGGUUCUCCACCGCACUCCGAUGCAAAAUCAGAUGUAUUGAUUAAGACUUGAUGAUUGUCUGUUGUGUUUUUAUCAAGAAAAUGUUAACCCGAUUGAUUCACUUUCGUCUCGUUGUCUCGUCCGUGCGUUUCCUGCCUGUCGUCAUAUUCUCAUCGGUAACGGAUAAACAAGCGCCGUCUCCACGCUGGUGAAGGAUGACGUUUGCCCCACGCGAAAUAACUUUUCAUUUGUAAUUCGUAAUUGUAGUCCGUCUGCGUUCUGCUGUAGGAUCGAAUUUGUCUUAACGUAUGGUGAACCGUUGUUAUCGCGGCGUCUGUUUGUUCUCAUAAAUCAGGAGCAGCAAAACAAGUAAACCUAUUAGCCCGUGGGCCAUUAGUUGUGUUGAUCUGAAAUUGGGUAUUCCAGUGUGUGUUUUGUGUGUGGAUAGAUGGAGCACACGCAGAUUAGUAUGAAAAUGGGACAGUUGCUGUUUGUGUGCGGAGGCCACCUGAGCCCUGAGGUCUCGGUAACUGCGUACGUGCCGGUCAUCACAUGUAAUCUGACAUGGCUAUUAUAUUAAAUGGGCUCUGAGUUAGAUUUACACCGGCAGCAAAGGUCCCUGCAUCACCAUAUUUAAAAUAAUGGCUGCUCCUCUAAGUGCAUUUCAAAGAGGAGAAAAGGUAUUAGGUUGUCAGCAGUAGCAGGGCUUGUUGCUUUUAUAGCUUCCACUUGCAUAAUCUUUGACUCUUUGUACAUUUCUUCUUUGAUGCUGGGUUUUGCAUUAGAAAUUGUACAUCUUUGUACCUCAUGCACUCUGGCAAGACAGGCAAAAUAUUGUAUUUUAACCUGAACAACGUGUUAUUGCAGAAUAAAGUUUUUUUGUUUCUUUCUCAAA